AUGUCUGCUCAACACCAUGGCAAAUACCCUUCGGGCGGCGCGCCUUUCAUCAACUUCCCUAGCCGGCGGAGUGUGGUACACAGUACCAAAGGCAUUGUGUCCACCACGUCGCCAUUAGCGACUGAAGCCGGACUCCAGAUCCUUCGAAAUGGGGGCAAUGCUGCAGAUGCGGCCGUGGCAGCCGCCGCUGUGCUCAACUUGGUCGAUCCGUCAAUGACCGGAAUAGGAGGUGAUGCAUUUUGUCUCUUUUACGAGGCAAAAACGAAAAAGGUUCAUGCAUUGAACGGCUCAGGACGAUCGCCUCGCGCCGCAACCCUUGAGGGCAUCUGCAAAGACCUGGAUAUCAGCGACCGGAUCUAUGGCAGCAUUCCACCUACCUCGAUCCAUUCCGUGACUGUUCCAGGCGCAGCAGCAGCCUGGCUAGAUAUCAUUGAGAAGUUUGGCUCGGAAAAAGUCACAGCUUCAGAUGCUCUGGCACCUGCAAUUCAACUGGCCGAGGAGGGAUGUCCUGUCAGCGAAAUUUCUAGUUAUUAUUGGAUCAAAACGGAAGACGAGCUCCGACAAAAAUAUAAUGGGACAGAGUUGUUGAAGGAAGACCCAGAAGUACCAGGAGGCUACAGAGCGCCCCGGGCGGGCGAGAUCAUCAAAAACCCCCUCCUGGCCAAGACAUUCAGACUUCUGGGUGAAAAAGGUAGAACUGGCUUCUAUGAAGGACCUGUGGCUGAAGCCAUUAUCGAGAUCAGUCAAAAGCUCGGUGGCUAUAUGACGCUAGAUGACUUGAAAGCGCACCGGAGCGAAGUCGUGAAUCCGAUCUCGAUUCCCCUGGAGUUCGACAAGCAGGGCGAUUCAUUUCACUUAUGGGAGCAUCCUCCUAAUGGACAAGGGAUUGUCGCUCAGAUGGCUCUUGGGAUCCUUGCCCAGCUCGAAAAUGAUGAGCAAAUUCCCGUGUUCACAGAGGACGAUCACAACUCUGCCAAGUAUCUGCAUGCCCUCAUUCAGUCUCUUCGCAUCGCCUUCGCUGAUGGAAGCUGGUUCGUGACGGAUCCAGCUGUAUCCAUCGACCCGGAGACGCUUCUGUCCAGAGACUACCUCGCACAAAGGGCCAAGUUGUUCGACCCAGACAGAUCUACCACAAUUUCAACCCCUGGAGAUCCCUUGGGCGUUCACAAGACAAGCGACACCAUCUACCUCUGCGUGACUGAUGCAGACGGCAACGCCUGCUCCCUCGUCAACAGCGUGGCCGACACAUUCGGGAGCCGCAUCGUCCCGCCUGGCGUCGGGUUCGUGCUUCAAAACCGCGGCGCAGGUUUUCAUCUUGGUCCACCGAAUCAUCCCAACCUCUUUGCCCCUGGCAAGAGGCCUUACAACACCAUCAUUCCAGCCGUGACGACGAACGCGGCGGAUGGGACUUUGCACACCGUCUUUGGUGUGAUGGGCGGGGCGAUGCAGCCUCAAGGGCACGUGCAGGUCCUGCUCAACAUGAUGCGUUUCGGCAUGAAUCCGCAGACGGCUCUUGAUGCACCGCGGGUGUGCAUCGGGGUGAGCCUGCCUGGAAAGUCUACGGACCCUACCAAGAAAGUGGACGAGUCGGUCUAUCUUGAAGAGGGCAUUGGUGAGGAUGUGGCGAGGGAGCUGGAAAGGCUGGGCCACGAGGUGAAAUUCGUUCGUGGCAUGGACAGGGCGCUCUUUGGUCGCGGGCAGAUCAUCCGAACACAUCAUGAUCUGGUCAGUGGCGACAGGAUCUAUUCUGCGGGAAGUGAUUUGAGGGGAGAUGGAAACGCCGCACCUCUUCUAUGAUGGGGUCUUUCGGGCGACAAGUAGAAUUUCACAAAUUAGCACACUAAAAAACAUUUCAAU